GACUUUAAAUAUUUCUAGGACUAAUUAGCUUUUUUUUAUUUGAAAUAUAUAUAUAUACAUACAUAUAUAUUUAUAUAUAUUUAUAUGUAUAUAUAUGUAUAUAUAUUUUCUUUUUUAUUGAAUUAUGAUCAAAUAACAAAAAAGGCUUUAAAGGAUUUUUCUAAUUUACUUUCUACCUUUAAAAUAAAAACCAUACCUCAUAUUCAUCUAUUAGAAAUAUAA